GGACACAACACAUGGACACGUCAUAUUUUCUUUGUUACACUUCACUGCUUAACAGUUUUUUACAGAGUCUUCUUUUUUUUGUCUCCAUAGUCCAUGAGUCCAUAGUGAUUUUGCUUACUCUUUGGUCUUUCAGCGAGAUCUAGUGAAUAGAUUGAAUGUUCCAAGCUAUGGCAUAUUCAGUUUUGUGUUUUUUUGCGGUAGCUCAUUGGUAAUUCAACCCUGACACUGAGAUAGAUGGGUGAAUCAAUAGCAGAUGUUUCUAGGGUUGAAGAUAAGAUGGGAGAGACAAUCACAGCUGCCUCAAAACCUGGUAUGGAUGCGUCUGUUUCUUUUGGUAGGUUUGAUAAUGAUUCACUGUCUUGGGAGAAAUGGUCAGCUUUCUCCUCCAAUAAGUACUUAGAAGAAGUUGAGAAGUGUGCAACACCUGGAUCAGUAGCUAAAAAAGCAGCCUACUUCGAUGCCCAUUACAAGAAGAUUGCUGCUCGCAAAGCUGAGGUAAUGGAUCAAGAUAACCGGAUUGAAAAUGAUCAGUUGAGGCCAGAGAAUCUAAAUGUUACAGAUCUGACUAGUAAUGAUAGUGGUGCUGGUUCUGAAUUCAAUGCAUCUAAUAGCUACGGUUCCACAGAAGAAGUUGUUAAGCAAGAAACCAACCUGGUCAGUGAGGUGAUUAGGGCCCAUGCGGAUGAUCUGAAGGAGGACACUCCAAUCAGAAUAGAAGAUCAAAGGUCAUUAGCUGAGGGAGUGAAAGAAGAAAAUGGUGGCUCAGUAGAUAGCCCCAGGUCAAGCAAACCAGAACUGACCCAUUUAGUACAAGAAGAAGAAGAAGAAGACACUGCUGUGGUUGAGUUUCAAGACAUAAAGGAAGUUUCUGUCGCUGUUGUGGUAAAAGAAGAAGAAGUAGAAAAAAAAGCUGCUUUGCUUGAAUCUAGAGACAUAAAGGAAGUUCUGCACAAUUUGAAUGCUAAGAUAGGAAAUGAUCCAAAAGUUAAGGAGCAAAAGGCGAAGUUGGACCAUCCAAAGGAAUCUAAGAAGGUUACUCCAUUGAAGAAGGAGAGAAAUGUGGCAAGGCUAAAUAAGAAACCAGCAUCACCUGUAACUAAAGCAUCACAUAUUAGCACUCCUAAAGUGUCAAAGGCUGCACCAACCUCCACAGCAUUAUCUGCAUCAAGAUCUUCAACAAAGAAGGGAAAUGAUUCAUCUUUACCAACGAGGAAAAAUCCUUCUAUUGUUGAAAGUAAGAAAGUUGCUCCUAAAUCCCUGCACAUUUCCUUUAGCUUGGGUCCUACAAAUUCUGAUCAAGCUUCGCUUACAACGAAUCGAAAAUCCUUAAUUAUGGAGGAAAUGGGGGACAAGGACAUUGUCAAACGAGCAUUCAAGUCAUUUCAAAAGAAUUACAACCAACCGAAAUCUUCCGGUGAUGAGAGAUCUCCAGUACCUAAACAGGUGGCUACAAAGGGGACAGAACCAAUGGUUUCCACUUCUAUGACUCCACAAAAAGAGAAUGGAGGGUCACUCAAAGCAGGCGGUGCAGAUAAAAGAAGUGUUAAGGCGGCCCCUUCUUCUUUUGGCUUGAAAAGUGAUGAAAGGGCAGAAAAAAGAAAGGAGUUUUUAAAGAAAUUGGAGGAAAAGUCUAACGCUAAAGAGGUAGAGAAGACACACCUUCAAUCAAAAUCAAAGGAGCAAAAAGAGGCAGAAAUCAGAAAGUUAAGACAGAGUCUUAACUUCAAAGCUACACCCAUGCCAGGCUUUUAUCGGGGACCAAAAAUGUCAAAAAGCACUUCAGAUAAGGAAGUUUCUAAGAAUGAGACUCAUCGGUGAACCAUGUUCUUUGUUUGGGACUCAUGCAUCAUCUUGUAAGAAACAUAUCUGGUUUGGAGGAUAAUCCUUUUGUAGAAGAAGAAGAUACAAAUGAAGGAAUUGCUUCUCCACGGGACUUGUGCCAUAAUACAUUAUUCAGCCAAAAGCAAAUAGUCACUGAUGAGGCGCAGACUGCAUAUCUGAAUGGCUAGAAGAGAACCCAUAUUAAUAAUGUGUAGGAGAUAUGGAAGAGGUUGGGGCUCUGCUAGAUUACAUGGCAAAUUGUUACCCUUAGUCUCAAACCAAAUAUAGAUAAAGCAAACAAAAAGGUAUAUAAAUUGUUGGACAGUUAGAAUUAAUUUAAUUCUUGUGGUUGGUUGCCAUUCUAUAUUUGUUCUGGCACUUGGUUAUUUUGUUGAAAGCUGAAAGUUGAAACUAUGAUGUCUGUUUCUAAUAAUAAUCUGGCCUAGGUGAACCAUUAUGGUUUGAUUAAGAUUUUAUAUUGUGGAGUGACCAAACCUUUUAUUGAA